UGCAACACUUCCUUGAGGAAAUGGCGGCCGGCAGGGUUCCUCAAUUGCAACCAGCACCAUCUCCUCCACCACAACCAGUGCUUCUUACUUUUGAGGAGUUUCUGACACAGAACCCUGGCCCCUCGCCGGGAACUGGUGGAUCUACCGUUGGUGGUGGUGCUGGUCUUGGCAUCACUCCCGAGUCACGGAGCCCGGUCACUCCUAUCCACGGAGGCGGCGGCGGUCUUGGCGGUAGCGCUGCCGCUAGCAGUGAUGACCUAGGCUUCAACGGACUUGGCGGUGAUGACCUUGGCGGUGGUGGUGGAUGUCCUAGCGCUUAAGCCUUUGGGUGACAGUGGUGGUGAUCAUAAACUUGUGGUGGUGGUCUUUUA